UCGAAUCUUACCGAAGAAAACCACCAUUGAAGUAGUUUGAUCGAACUCAGUCCUCAUUCUCUCCAUUUCAUUUCGAAGUAUUCGGAGUCAUAAUUCAUCUGCCAAUCCUUCAAUGGUAUCGAAACUGAUUUCUCAGUCCAAUGUUUCCGUGUUUUCCUCUUCCUGCUACCCUUCGCCGGUCGCUACGGCUUCCGCAUCGCACCUUAGAUUCAAAGCCCGCAACAAAGUACCCUUCUUUGGGGUUACUCCGUCGAGGAUGCAGUUCGACCAAACCCUGGCACGAGUAGUGUCUAGAAGGUUGUUCCUUCCUUCGGUGUCAGGGAUCUGGAAUGCUUUGACGGGUGGCAGCGUCGCUCGUGAGGCAAUGCUUGCCAUCCGACGAGGAAUGCAGCUCUUUAGACAGGGUAAUGUUCCCGAGUCGUUAAUGGAGUUCGAUAGAGCAAUCGAACUGGAUCCUCGACAGAAGGCAUAUCUUUGGCAGAGAGGACUGUCCUUGUAUUAUCUGGAUAAGUUUGAAGAUGGAGCAGAGCAGUUUCGGUUAGAUGUUGCACAAAAUCCAAAUGACACAGAGGAGUCAAUAUGGUGUUUCCUGUGUGAAGCCCAAUUAUAUGGAGUGGAUGAAGCAAGGAGUCGAGUCCUGGAGGUUGGCCGAGAUCAACGGCCUGUCAUGCGUGAAGCCUAUAACUUAUUCAAAGAUGGCAAUGAUCCGGAAAAGCUUGUUUCUGCCUUUUUGGUUGCACAGGAGCAUGAGUAUUUCUAUGCUUCUUUAUAUGCUGGGCUUUAUUACGAAUCUCAGAAGAAUUCAAAUGCAGCGAAACGUUAUCUUCUUGCUGCAUGUCAGUCCCCUUAUGGGCUAAGGUCUGAUGAUUAUAUGGCUUCUCUUGCAAAGGUUCACUGUCUUUGUCGAAAUUGGAUCCCCAAUUGACCAAAACAUCCAGUACUGCACAAACUGAUAAGAUGUUGAUCCUUGCCACAGAUUUCAAUUACCUAACUGUGUAUAUGAUUAUGUCAAGAACUAGUUUGCAUGUUCGAUCAAGUAUUGAACUUAUGGGAAUCUUAUAUGAAUGUAUUAUAUCUGUUUUUCAUUCUAUCUAAUAAUGUAGUAUCUUCCUAGUUCCUACAUUCUUUGCACUGGCUUUUCAAGUGAUAGAACAGUGGGAAAUGUUCAUGCAAGCAUGAGAAAAAUGGAGAAGAAAGCUGUAUGACUAUUGAUUGCUU